CCCCCCCCCCCCCACACCAACACCGACCACCAACACCAAGCCAACCACCAACCACCAACCACCAAACCACACUCGCCUGACCACAGCAGAGAUGACGACCACAGCCGACUCUGCCAAGGCACCGGCCACAGCCAGCUCUGACAGCACCAUUGGGUGUGCGUGUGAGAAGGUGAUUCCUCGCGUGGACUACGCCAGCCCAGAGCUGCGGCAGCGGCUGACCGACCACAUCCGCUCGCAUGGCGUCGUGGUGGUGGAGAAUGUCUUCACGGACGCGGAGUGCAACGCCGCCAUGGAUGAGCUUGCGGAUUCGCUCCACGCGCUCUCCCCGGCGCUCACCCGAAAGCCAAAGACCUGGACCCGCGAAAACCUCCCCGCAGGGCCGCGGCAGGGCAUGUACCACAGCCUGGUGGCCCAGUUCCCCGUGGUGUGGGACAUCCGCAGCGACGACCGCGUGCACAACGUCUUCCAGCAUGCCUACAGCGGCCUGCGCGGGCGCGAGAUCACCCGCUUCGUCACCAGCUGCGACGGCAUCAACGUCAAGCCGCCCACCGCGCCUUUCCACGACCCGGAGAAGGACUGGGCCCACGUCGACCAAACCCACGACACAGACAACAUCUUCAAGUGCAUCCAGGGUCAAGUCGUGCUCACCAACACGACGGCCGCCUUCCGCUGCUCCCCAACGUCCCACCACUACCUGCAAGAGCUCCUGGACCUCGAUGGCGGGUGCCGUUCCGCUGUCUCCGACUUCCACCUCUUCCGCGAGGACGGUUGUCGCGCCAUCGCCGCGUAUGUGCGCGCAACCGGUGGCGCCUACCAGACGUGCGUCCACGCCAGAAAGGGCAGCAUGAUCCUCUGGCUCUCCUCCCUCGUGCACUCGGCCAAGGGCCAGGACAAGCACGCCCCCAUCGAUCGCAGUGACCCCUGGUCGCAGUGGCGCGGUGUCGUCUAUGUCUGCCACCGUCCAAGGGAGGACGUGGACGAGCAGCACGUGAACACCCUCGAGACAGCGUUUGCGUCGAACCGCGUCACAAACCACUGGGGCAGCAAGGUGUUUCCCAAGCGCAACCGCCGCGACAGGACCACACGCACUGGACUUCUGGCCCAGCUCUCUGCUCGCCCGCAGGACGCGUUUGCGAUUGCAAACCUGCGCCCCCAGCGCACGGCACGUGUGGACGCCCUGCUGCGUGGUGGCGAGUGGCCAGUAGCAAACGGUGCUGUCGACGACGAUGAUAGUGAUGGUGGGGACGACCAGGAGGCGUUGGCAGAUGAGGAUGUGUCGGUGAAUGAGGAUGGAGCUGAUGGCAGUGCACAACAGGAGCACAGCGACCAAGAUGAUGACGACGCGAGAGGGAACGCGUGAUUUGGUGGGAGCGAGUAGAAGAGGGUGCGUGUGCACGUGUGCGUGUAUGUGCGCGUGCGUGUGCGUGUGUGUAUGUGUGCGUGUUGCUGUCUGAAGGAACCAAUGGAUGACGGAUACAUGAACAGUGAGUGCAUUUUAUUUUGUCAACGCGUGUCUCGGCAAGUGAAUCGCCUCAACCACAUUACAUGAACCAAGCAGACA